GUAUAUUUACAGCUGUGCUUAACCACAAUAAAGCGCGGCUACAUUAUGAGUUACUGCUCGUCGUGCCAAUCCAAGGUAAUCCUUGCUGCUCCCGCCUUUGUUUGACUGGUUUCGCCGUCACAGCUCGCCGUGUUUUUACAUGUUUCGUCGUGCUGCGUUAUCCAACACAGUUUUUUGUCCUGGUCGUCAGCCUUUCCUCGUCCUGCGCUUUCUACAAGAAAUUUCCUAGUUUCGGUGGUGUUUCCACACCCCAUCGGUUGGCUGCGCCAAAAAGGCGUGCUGAAGUAUGUAACUACGCACAAGAUUUUAGCUGCGUGCAGCGAUGGACCGGAGUGCCGACAGGAUAUCGUAAGUUUCUCGAGACCACGCGAACCAUGACUGACCUGGACGCACGAUGUAACAGCAAGCUGUGUUUCCACGUCGUAGAGUUCAGUGACAAAAGCACGUAUGUCGUAUCAUCGUCCUGGGUCACCGAGACAAUUGCCGGCACGUAUGCGCAUUGGCCAGAGAGGGUGUCCAAACUCCAGUUGACUAGGCUUCUGAGGACCCAUCAGUCCCCUAAGGAUACAUGGGUGCUCCACCGCAUUCGAAUAUUGCACACAACAGACGAUGCAGAUGAAGCAUUUGACCUGCUGCCUGUUGCUGAGGAUACGUCCAACUUAGAGCAUGACCAGGAGUAUCAGAAAAAAACACGUAAAGCUCGAAAAAGGGUUAUACUGUCCGACAGCGACGAUGACGAUGAGCCAGAUAUUGUUCGAGGAAAGAAGAAUGCUUCUCAGUGUCGUGUGAAGGUUCCUCCACCGCCAACAUUGCCAUCUCAACUGCUCUCAACACAUUCAGCCACGACACGGUCGUUAGCAUCUACGUUCUCCGCACAGUGCAGUAGUGGUGAUGCUCCUGCUGUUCCAAGUCGGCCGGAACGUCCAAGCACAGCACGCUGUACUCAGGGUCCAUUUACAGAAUGUGAUUCCUUGCUGAUCAAUUCAAGCUGUCGUGGUACGGUAUCACAGCGGUCCACCAGAGAGGUGCCAAGUCUGUUUGAGACUACUGUCCCUUCUGUCCUACAUGAACCAGCAGGUCACCAGCACUCUGCCUCAUUUCUGCACACAUACAUAGAGCAAUCUCCCUGCCUGUCACCAUCUGUAACUCCCUUCAGUGACUCUCAAAAUGAAUCAACUGGUAAGAACUUGUAA